CAGAUGUCAACAUCAGUGUCGUUGAGCGGCGAGAGAGAGCGAAGCUAGCUGAUUUGGUCAACUCGGCUGGCAGAAAACUGUCAAAAUGUCUUCCCCAGCGACACUCAGGUCCUAAAGGAGAGCCGCAGUUUACGGGACAGAGGGUUCUGAAUGACCAAUUUCACAAUACUGGCUGUCUGGUUAUGAAUAACAUUAUUGAUUGGCAGCCUCAUCUCAACCGCCAUGCAGCAGGACACGUUCGGUUGUUCUGUGAUGAACCGCUUCGACCAGCUUUUGGACGAUGAGGCUGACCCGUUCGACAUACUCCGAGAGGUCGAGCUGGAAAAACAGAAGAAGAAAAAGAAAGAGGAGCUCAAGAAGGCCAAGGAGGGGAAACAUGGAAAGAGGGAGUCCCAGAAAGAUAGAAAGCUCCCUCAAUUUGUCGAUGGAGGCGUCGGUCAGAUAAGAAAUUCUACGGGCGUUUCCCUCGCGGCGGCCACGUGCAGAAUGAGAACAGGGGGUCGGUGGAGACUGAGAGAGACCAGAGACGUGUGGUUUUUCGCGAGCGAAGGCCCAACCAGAUGGAAGCCCCUAAUGAAACUUCCUUGGAGGUAUCAUCUGCUCCGUGGUGGGACAAGGGCAGCAGGGGUCGCGGUGGGAGCAGAGGAGUCAGGGAUGGAUACCCCAGGAAUGUGGACAGCUUUGACCAGAGGACCAAGAGGGAAUUUGACUGUCAGGAUGAACCGGAAUUGGCGACCAGGACAAAUGAGAUGUGUGGGGAUGCCGCAGAGAGCCAGGAAGUGGUGGAGAUGGACAGCCAGACCCGGUUGUGACAGAGCGUCGGAGGAGGCGGACGGGGAGGAGGUCGAGAAGGUUGCCGUGGAGAUGUCCCUGGACGAGUGGAGGGCCUUGCAGGAGCAGAGCCGACCGAAGCAGGAGCUGAACCUGCGGAAGGCAGACACCCGGGUGCCGUCUAAGGCGGUGGUCAUCCACAAGUCCAAGCACCUGCAGGCCGAGAGAGAGGCGCUGAUUGAGGAGGAUGAGGAAGCCCAUUUCUUCCGCAGACCCGCCAAUGACAUCACCACCAAGCUGGUGUUCAAUUUCGGCAAUCUUCCUCGCCCCAGCCGGGGGGGCAGGGGCGGGCGUGGGGGGCGAGGGCGUGGCGGGGCUGUUGGCCGAACCGAGAGGGCACCAGCACAGACUGAAGUGGUCCAGGUUUUGGCGCCAAACCCAGACGACCUGGAGGACUUCCCUGCCCUGGCCUGAGGGCCCAGAGAGGCCAGCUGAG